UCUUACUGUUACUAUUCUUAUACAUUACUACUAUAGCGAAUAGUGAUUAAACAUAUUUUUUUAAAUUUUAUUUUAAAUUGGUUUGUCUGGAAAUCGGUUCAAUUUCAUAUUUCUUAUUAUUUUAAAAUCGAUUUUGUCUGAUCCAACUUUUAAUAAUGACGAAAGUAUCUUUUUCGACGUUAGCGUAUUGUAAAAUCGUCGCCCAUGCAGCCAAAUAUCCUCACUGUGAAGUAAACGGACUACUGGUCGCCGAAAACUCGACCAAAGGCGAUAAGUUGGUUAUAGUGGAUACUGUUCCACUGUUCCAUCAGUGUCUCCACGUGUCUCCAAUGUCGGAGAUCGCUUUGAUGCAAAUUGACCAAUCGGCUAGCACAUGCGAUAUGUACAUUGCUGGCUAUUAUCUAGCCAACGAGACGUUGGAUGACCUAAGUUAUGAUAAACCCGCCCAUAAGAUUGUGGAUAAGAUUGUUGAACACGAGUCAGAUGUCUGUAUGGUUGUGAUCAAUAAUCGAUUAAUGGAGUUAAAUCAAAAAGAAAGUGCACUAAUAGUACAUACACAAGAUGAUGGAAAAUGGAAACGUCUUAAUAACUCAAACGUACAAAUAGAAAAUGUAACACUGGCUGCUGCAUCAGCUGUAUUACAACAACAAAUCUAUAAUAAUUUAGUAGAUUUUGACAAUCAUUUGGACAAUUUGUCUUUAGAUUGGCUUAAUGCAGAAUUUUCUAACUGUGUAGAAAGAACAUCGGGACAUGACAUUGGAAGAAGGCUGAUGAUUAAUAAAUCAGUUUCUUGACAAUUGGAAUGGGACGAGGGAAUGAAACAAAUUAAAUUUUGAUAAAUUAAUUUUAGAUGAGUAUUAAGAAUUUUUUUUUUAGUUCAAUUAUCAAUGAUUAUUUUGUUUUCAUAUUACUUUGUAUUAUUUAAAAUCGAAAUUAUA